AUGGAGACACGCAUGAUUGCAAGUCAACUCAUUAAGGUCUUUGAGAUGAUAGAGGAGCGGUGGAAAGAUAUCGGUUGCAUCGAAUACUUGCAACAACAUCUUCUCGACACAUGGUUCGCUUAUCACCUUGGCUCGAAAGGAGAUUACCCAGAAGACAAGAUACGUGGUAUGCUAUUGAAGAUAGCGGAGUUAGAUCUACCAGUUACCAGGAGGGAAAUGUGGGAGAUAGAGGGUGCUUCAACGGUCCUUGAACAUCUCCAAGGUCUUGGAGGCCACUGGCUUUUUUUAGCGCAUAAUUCCUAUCUCUCCCUCUUUGGAAUCAGUCGAGAGACAGUGGAAGAUGAGGACAUCUUCACUAUCCCGGAUCUCUUGAACCGCCCGCUCAUACUUCGCAUCAGUGACAUUGUGGUCAACAAGGGCGCGAAACCGUACUAUAAAGUAGUUGGCCAGGCCAUCGCGGGCAAAGUAUACCACCGUUCAACGCUCGAAGCUUUCACACAACAAUCUAUAGAAGAGUUUCUUGUGCUUUGA